AUGCUCCGGAGGAAAUAUCUAGCCGGCAAUCUGAAGCGGGAAAACGAGAGGACAAUUGCGCGAUACUUGUCGAGCUUGUUGUCCCACGUCCGAGAUCCACGGAGCAGGAGUUUCAACCAGAAUGACUCCAGAAGUGACGAUGUGACAAAGGAGAGUGCAACAGUAAGUGAAUCAUCGAACAAAGAGGCCGUAGAUAAGGAAAUCAAACAGUCGAAUAAAUUACCAGCCGGAGAAGCCAGCGUCGCCAUUAAACUGACACCUUUCGACCGUCCUGGACCAUCGAGAUCGCCGCAGUACAUCCCUAAAACGAUUAAAAAAUCUGAUCAAAAUAAACCGAAGACUAACCAACACAAGUGUACACAGAUGCGUCAAAAUUUAAGUACUCAGAGGCUGCAAGGAGACGAGGAUAUCGACGAUGAUUCUUCUUUGGUCGACGACCUCGAAAGGAGGCACAAAUACAUUCUUGUCGGAUGGGACAACUUUCGUUCCAAGGUGAUGGUGAUUUUACUGGUUCUUCUGGUUCUAUGGGCGAUCAUCUAUUUUCCUUUAAUCGGAACUUGA